CCGCCGUUCACAGACAUCGACAGAGGGACGUCAGAAGUGAACGUGGCUCAUCCCAGAGCAGUUGCCUCGGUGAACUUUGUGUUCACCCGCUCAUUUUUACUCAACUUUGUGUAAUGUUUUUUUUUUUUUUUACCUCAACUUGUUUGAUCAACGAAAAACAACAAACGGAGGCAAACGUGGCACAAUUCGUCCAAUCACAAAGAAGACAUUUUUUGUUCAAACAAGUUUGCUGCUCUUUCGAUUGGAAUGAGAGAGACGGUGUAAGUGACAGCUGAUUUUUGAAGGGGAUAGUGGUCUUCUAUGAAGCGCGCAACGUGACGGCGAUGAACACAUGUAAAACCAGAAGAAAGUGGAAGUUUAUUUGGAACGUUGGACAAUCGUCGAAAAGUACGCACAGUGGCUUUUCUAAUAGAGAAAAAAAAUAUGAUCCGCCGAUGAUGGUCCUAUCUCAGGCGGCGGCCGGUGAUGAUGAUGAAACUUUGCAACGCCAGCAGUUGCCGUCACGGGUUGAUGUCGGAUUAAAGAGCCGCUUUCAUCACAGACACAUCCGGCAUCCCCAGAAAAUUAUUCCGCGUGCUUCAAAUGAAGGGAGGGCAACAAUAGCCACCCUUCCAAUUUCUUGACUUGAGCCGAAGAAAUAAAAAACGACUGGUGUGUAUGUGUGUUGUGGCGUGUGUGCGUGUGCGUGUGAGUGAACAAGUCACGAAAACAACAGUUAUUCUUCUUUCUUUCCCUCGAAAGAUCUUGUUUGCUGUAUAGAUAACGAUGAUCUGUUCGCACAACAAGCUGCUAUUAAUGAAGCUCUUCUUUUUCUCCGUUUGGCGGCUACUGCUGUUCAUGCCAUGCCCGUCUUCAGCUCAAGGACUGGCCAGCAAAUCGAAUGUUCCACUGAGGAAUCUGGUGGUACUCGCCAACAGCACGGCAGAGCUCGUCUGCGACACGGUCCCUCCCGACCGACACGACGAAGUCAUCCUCGUCCUCUGGUUCCGCGAAAAUGUCGGCACGCCCAUAUUCAGUGCGGAUGCCCGAGAAGUUUCACUAUCGCAAGCCGGCGUCUGGUUCGACGAGGAUAUUCUGAAGAAACGGGCCACCUUCCGAGGCCGGGUUAGCGAGCCUUCCAUCUUGGCCGUAAGCAACAUUAGUUUAGCCGACCAGUCGGUGUAUCGGUGUCGAGUCGACUUUCGUGAAGCCAAGUCGCGCAACUCACGCAUCAAUCUCACAGUCAUCGAACCGCCGAAGUCGUUGACGAUCACCGCGGAAUUCAGCCAGACUCGCAUCUCCACUGUGGUCGGGCCGUUUCGAAUUGGAGAUCGGCCCAAGUUCACGUGCACCGUCGAAGGAGGUUUGCCCAUUCCAGUCAUCACUUGGCGUCGCAAUCGCAUCACUGUGCCCGGCCAGAUGGAAUCUAGUGAGCCGGAAAGAAUUCGUAGCACUCUUCUUCUUCCUCCAUUAAAGCGCUCGGAUUGGCCAAUGACGCUGACUUGUUCUGCUUCCAAUUCGGAACGAGGCCGGCCUCUGGAGCAGUCCUUCGACGUCGAUAUGGAACUUCCACCGCUGUCGGUAUCCAUCGUGAUUGGUGAGAGGAAUCCAGCGGUGGGGAAACCGUUUUCGUUACCGUGUCACGUCACCGGUUCGCGUCCUAUACCGAAAAUUACAUGGUGGAAAAACGAUGUGCUGUUGGAUCCCUCUGCUUACAACCAGACCUUAUCGAUCAAUGGCAGCGUGGCUAUUAGCGUGUUGGACCUUAUGCUGGCCAAGACAGAGACGAACAGCCGAAUCACAUGCCGUGCCAUCAACCCAUACCUGGACACCAUCGUCAUGGAGGACACGUGGAACGUCAAUUUGAGCUAUCCGCCUAACGUGAGCCUUGCCAUGGGACGGUCGCUGAACGCCGAGGGCAUCAAAGCCGGGGACGACGUCUACUUCGACUGCCAUGUUGAUGCCCGUCCACCCGCCAGCCGCAUCGAAUGGAGAAGAGAUGGCAUUAAAUUAGUGCACAACACAUCGGCUAAUGUCAUCAUCACCAAUCAGAGUCUAGUAUUGCAGAAUGUCGGUCGUUCCAUGGCUGGAAACAUUUCGUGUCACGCGUUUAAUGUUGAAGGCCAAGCAGAAAGCCAGCGCAUCUUCCUCGAUAUCAAAUAUGCGCCCGUCUGCAAGCCGGGAUUGACGCGCUACUUUGGCGUCUCGCGGGCCGAGAAUGUGGAAAUCGCCUGUCAGGUGGAAGCCAACCCCAGUACGGAACUUGGAUACAAAUGGUUCUUCAACAACUCGGCCGAAACUAUAGAAGUACCCCGAAGCCGCUACAACAACAGUCCGUCGGCCAGCGUCCUGACCUACAAGCCACUGGCCUCGCUUGACUACGGUACGCUUCUGUGCUUCGCCACAAACGCGGCCGGCACCCAGAACGAGCCGUGCGUCUUCCACAUUCUGACCGCAGGUCCGCCGGAACCGGUCUUCAACUGCACAGUAUCGAAUCACUCGAGCGAUGCCAUCUUGAUCGCCUGCCAGGCGGGCUUUCACGGUGGACUGCCGCAGAAUUUCUCGCUCCACUUCUACGAGGAGAGCAACUCAUCAGGCCGCCUGGUUCUCCACCAGGUCUUCGCCGAACCGCUCUUCUUACUGUCGAGCCUCAAGACCAACAUGCGCUACAAGGCGUCCAUUGCCUCUAUCAACGCAAAGGGCAAGAGCGAAGACGUCAUCGUCGAGAUAUCCACACUCAAAGAGCCAGAGCGACAGCUAGAGGUCAAACCAGGCAAGUCGUCAGAACCGCGUCCCAGUAGCUCAAUACUGACACCAACGCUGGGGAUUCUGACCGGCGUCGUCAUAUUGCUUUGCAUAGCUGGCGUCAUAGUGGUGGUAUUCUUGCGACGCCAGUGCCUACGAGAAGCCCAGGCAGCCGCCAAUAAUGAUGGCACAGCCAACGGAAUUCUACUCCGUUCGGAAGCGACCAACAAUCAAACAAACGGAACAGCAGGCGGUGCGUCGACUAUCUCGAAAUCAGCACGAGGCGGAGGUGUGAAUCCCCGAUCGCAAUCGCUCAAACCGCUGAUGGAUAACGUCGACUGCAACAUCGACCCCGGUGGCCCUGUGUUUGUUUCGAGAAUCGAACCGGAUCACUGGAAGAAUCAAAUGUUUUGCCACACGACGCAACUCGGCUGGCCGGUCGGCGAGCCGCCACCAUCUUCGCAAACUCCGCCGCCUCCACCGCCGCCGCCGAACGUGAUGAUGACGCAGCAACAGUCGAUCGAAGCCGGUCUCAUCACGCCUCCGUACACGACGGACAGUUCGCUAGAGCUGCGCAGUCCGGACAUCAUUCCGCCUCCCAUAAUCGGGUCGUGUGAUUUCGGACCUGCCACUCUACCGCGGUCGUACAAAGGUUUCGGUAUGGGAUCCUCAUCGACUUUAGCUGCUGCUGCGACGCCAGUAGAAGCGAAAAAACCGCACGUGUUGUGGAGCGAUACAAUGCCUAAAGCCUUCCGCCAAUCGCACGAUUUUCUUCGACGGGAAACGUCUAGUCACUCGGCUGGUGCCAACAAGCGUGAGAGUGUCGUGUAAAGCUAUAGAAAAAGAAU